AUGAACAAAUCGAACAAGCUCGUGGACAAAUCGUACAACGUCAUGAACAAAUUGAACGACGUCAUGAUCAAACUGUUCUAUGUGAAUUGGUCGUUCUUCGCGGUUGGUGUUGGAGUCUUUGCUCUUCUUCCGAAUCUAGCUCCUAGACCGCUAAUAAACCUCCAAGAAAUGUGCCAUAUUGACUUCUUUGCUCUCCUCAAAACCACUGGAACAGUGGGCUUCUUCAAUCUGUUCCUCUUCCUUGGCGAUUACUUGAAGGCAAGUCAAGAUUUGUCCAUUUGUCUAGCAGGUUUAGGUCUGUACUUCUACCUCUUGGCUCUCGAUAUUGAAUUCGGAGUUGAAGAUGAUCUUGGUUUAUGCGACGCGUUGCUCUUAGCCCUCUACGGCACUCUUCUCCCGAAACUCCACAUUUCUGCUUGGAUCAUCUUCGUAGCUUUCUUCUUCAUGGUUCUUAUCAAACAAGUAAAGGCUCCAGUCGCCAAUCCAGCCAACGACGUAGAGAAUCCACUCGCCCUCCAGUUAGUUCCAUCCACCAACGGGUUAUCUUCACCCACCGCAUCGAAUCCCUCCUCCACCACACCAAAUCCCUCCGCCACCGCAUCGAAUCUCGUCACACUGAAUCCCAUCGAACCGAGUUCCAUCGAACCGACUACCGUCAGUCACAACUCAUUCUGUCACCAUAACCACCGGUAUCAACCGGAGACGCACAUGGCUCUUGUCCCUCUGGAACUCUUUGAAGACACUCCAAAACCAUUCCAAGAAGCUGCCGCAAACGCAAAAGCCGAGGACUUGGCUCCAAACGCAGACACCAAAAAAUCCGCCCCAAACGCAGAAGCCCUGGACUUGGCCCCAAACGCAUAUUCAAAAUGGGCCUACAUUCUUACCGUUACACUAAGAGUGAUGCAGCCUCACAAACAGAGGUUACGUGGAGGAUGGAUGGCUCGAACCGGCCGUACGGCACCUGUUGCGAGUCGGGUAGUGAUGAGCGAUGGAAGCGAAGCGAUAGGCGGAUCCGAGUGA